AGAGAUCAUUUGUAUACACGCUGUCUGGUUCAGAUAAACAAAUUAUCUCGAUACUAGAUAAUCUUGUUUUAAGUCGGUGGGAGUCAGAGUGUAAUGUGGCCCCGUUAGAGAGGUGUUAGAAUCUCGGAAAAAUUCAGGCAUGGUAAGCAUCACACCACUUGUAAAUUUCACAACAGUCACGCCACUCUCCAAUGUGACCGGAAACCUCACAAUCCAGAAUACCACGAAAUGGAUAUACCAGUCAAUGAACAGGGGGCCCGUCAUCAUUUCCGUAUCCGCUAUCAGUGUGAUAGCGGUCUUCUCCAAUCUGACCUUGCUUCUGAUCAUUCUCUCGCGUAAGGAGCUGCGAUCUUCUGUUUUCCUAUGGAACGUUGCGGGUAUGUGUGUAUGCAAUCUCAUUUUCGGUACUAUCACUAACGCCCUCGGCGAUAGCCGCCAUAUUUACAGAGAGUGGAUACACGGCAUGGUUCUCUGCAAGGUUUUCUCCGUUUUCAAAUUCACCUCUUCACACAUAAUGAGCAUGAUCCAGAUUGCCAUAAUAACCAGCCUCUUUCUGAAAGUACGCCAGUCUCUCUCAGCUCCGUCCAACAUCACCUCUCGUGGCUGGUCCAUUUUCCCGUACGCACUGUUCGCCCUGCCGUGGCUGCUGGAAGUCGUUUUGUCCCCCAUGAUCAUAAUGGGAGAGGUGGCCGAUCUGCCUGAAUUCGCGAAGAAAUUCGGUUCUCUAAUGUGCCUACAUUUCCUGGAGAGAAGCUACAGACACGCCGGAGUGAUUCUCUUCAAUGUUCUCUAUUUCAUUCUUCUAAUCCUCAGCGUAGCCGUUUUUCUUUACUAUCGGUUCAAAAAAGCGUCUUAUGAUCAUUUACUGGGUGAUGACGCAUUGCGUGAGGACGAGACGCUGCGUUCCAUGUUGAUAGCGUCAACUGUUUCUUCAGCGGUAUUCUGCCUGAUGCACGCACCGUUAAUGAUAAUGACGCUGAAUUUAGUUGUCUGUAAAAGUUCCUGGUGUCUUCCGAGCAUCCAAACUUUCGAUGCUGUGUACGUCCUGAGCUGCAUCGCCUACGCUGCCACGCCUGUCCCAUGGUUUACCUUCUGUGAUAUCAAGCACGUAUUCAGAGAAGUUAUGGAUAAGGUGACGGAGAAGGCGCGUGCAUCCGUGACGCAGUGCAGGGAAUGCUGCGGAACAAAGCUGGAAUCCAUUACGGUGGAGUGGACUCCGAAACAAUCCGAUUUCAUGAAAACCGGAGAAUGACGAUCAGAAGACUUAUAAUUAAAACACGUUUCUAAUUAUACUAAUAAAAUCCAUGUAGCAUAGGCA